AUGGCGGCAGUAUUUUCAGAUUUGCCGGAGGACUUGUUGGAGUGCAUCAUCAAAUCCCUCAACGGCGACAACCGCACUUUCAAGUCUCUAACCGUCGUCUCAAAACAGUUUCUCUCCAUCACCAAUCGUGUCCGAUUCUCCGUCAGAAUCACCGAUGAAACCAUUCCUUUCCUUCCUCGACUCUUCCACCGCUUCCCUAACCUCACCUCCCUCCACCUUACUCUCCUAUCCAAAACCCUAGAAGAAGUCGACGCUCUUCUUACCCUAAUCUCCACUUUCCCUUUACACAUCACAUCUCUCAAUCUCUCCAACGGUCUCCACACCAAGUUCAUUCCGGUUCCGGCAAAAGGGUUGAUAGCUCUGUCCAAAACUCUGAAAAAUUUAAGAUCUCUCACUCUUUACAGAUUGUUUCAUUUUGACAAGAAGGAUUUGUUCUUGAUCGCCGAUUGUUUUCCUUUACUAGAAGAACUCAAUCUCCGUUAUCCACGGGUUUGUGGUAGCCAAGAUUUUAUGAUAGAUGAAAAUGAUCCAUUAUUGGCACUUCCCAAUCUCCGCAAGAUUAACCUAUCAGGUAAUCACAUCGAAGAUCAAUUUAUUAACUUUCUCUGCCACAGCUGCAAGGUUCUUCAAGUGGUCAUGAUCAUAGACAGAAUUAUUUCAGGGGAACCUGGGGAAUUUGGGGAAAAUGGGAAAUAUGAUAGGAGUGAUAUAAUAUAUUUGUAG